AUGGAGCAGCCAUGCGGGCUGGAGUACAGACAGGUGAUCGAAUCAUCAAGGUGAAUGGUACAUUGGUGACUCAUUCAAACCAUUUGGAAGUGGUGAAGCUAAUCAAAUCUGGUUCCUAUGUAGCUCUCACUGUUCAGGGACGCCCACCUGGGUCGCCCCAGAUUCCACUUGCCGAUUCUGAAGUAGAGUCAUCAGUCAUUGGACAUAUGUCUCCCAUCAUGACAUCCCCUCAUUCACCUGGAGCAUCUGGGAACAUGGAGAGAAUUACUAGUCCUGUGCUCAUGGGGGAGGAAAACAAUGUGGUUCAUAACCAGAAAGUAGAAAUUCUGAGAAAAAUGUUACAGAAAGAACAAGAACGGCUGCAGUUAUUGCAGGAAGAUUACAACCGAACACCUGCCCAAAGAUUGCUAAAAGAGAUCCAAGAGGCCAAGAAACACAUUCCUCAGCUGCAAGAGCAGUUAUCCAAAGCCACAGGCUCUGCUCAGGAUGGAGCUGUAGUUACGUCCUCCAGGUCUUUAGGUGACCCCCCGACAGUCGGUGAGGUAGAAGCAGACCCUGGUGACGGACUAGGGAGAAUUGACUACAGCAGCGGAGAUGCUUCUCGACCCAGUAGUGACAGCGCAGAAAGUCCCAAGAGUGCCCUGAAAGAGAGGAUUUAUCUAGAGGAAAACCCAGAGAAAAGCGAAGUGAUUCAGGACACUGACACUCAGUCACUCAUCGGGAGCCCCUCUCCCCGAAUGGCACCUCAUAUUAUUGGAGCAGAGGAUGAUGAUUUUGGUACUGAACAUGAACAGAUCAAUGGGCAGUGCAGCUGUUUCCAGAGCAUUGAACUGCUAAAAUCUCGCCCUGCUCACCUGGCUGUUUUCUUACACCACGUAGUUUCACAGUUUGACCCUGCAACGUUGCUCUGUUAUCUCUAUUCAGACCUAUAUAAGCAGACCAAUUCCAAGGAGACUCGGCGUGUCUUCCUCGAGUUUCAUCAGUUUUUCCUGGAUCGAUCUGCACACCUGAAAGUUUCUGUUCCUGAUGAAAUAUCAAUAGAUCUAGAAAAAAGAAGACCUGAGCUUAUACCUGAGGAUCUACACCGCCACUAUAUUCAAACUAUGCAGGAAAGAGUCCACCCAGAAGUUCAGAGGCACUUGGAAGAUUUUCGGCAGAAACGUAGCAUGGGGCUGACCUUGGCUGAAAGCGAGCUGACAAAACUCGAUGCGGAGCGAGACAAGGACCGGGUAACUUUGGAGAAGGAACGGGCAUGUGCGGAACAGAUUGUUGCCAAAAUCGAAGAAGUGUUGAUGACUGCUCAGGCUGUAGAAGAAGAUAAAAGUUCAACAAUGCAGUAUGUUAUCCUUAUGUACAUGAAGCAUUUGGGAGUAAAAGUGAAAGAACCUCGAAAUUUGGAGCACAAGCGAGGUCGGAUUGGAUUCCUUCCAAAAAUCAAGCAAAGUAUGAAGAAAGAUCGAGAAGGCGAAGAAAAAGGGAAGCGCAGAGGAUUCCCCAGCAUCCUGGGACCCCCAAGGAGACCAAGCCGUCAUGACAACAGUGCAAUUGGCAGAGCUAUGGAACUACAGAAGCAGCGGCACCCUAAGCACUUAUCCACACCCUCUUCUGUGAGUCCUGAGCCUCAGGACUCUGCCAAGUUGCGCCAGAGUGGGUUAGCAGGUGAAGGAACAGACGUUGGGUACCUGCCAGCCAAUUCCAUGUCCUCUGGGGCUUCAGGGGCCACUCUUUCCCAGGAAGGAGGGAAAGAGAAUGAUCUGGGAUCAAAGCAAGUUGGAGAAACACCUGCAUCUGGAGACUGCAUGGAUGGCACCCCUCGCACUCCCAAUACCAUCUUCGAUUUCCCACCUCCUCCCUUAGACCAAGUGCAGGAGGAGGAGUGGGAGGUGGAAAGGGUGCCUGAACAUGGGACACCAAAGCCCUUUCGAAAAUUCGACAGCAUAGCUUUUGGAGAAAGUCAAAGUGAGGAUGAACAGUUUGAAAAUGACUUAGAGACAGAUCCACCCAACUGGCAACAGCUCGUUAGUCGAGAAGUGUUACUGGGACUAAAGCCUUGUGAGAUCAAAAGACAGGAAGUAAUUAAUGAAUUGUUCUACACUGAAAGAGCUCAUGUUCGAACACUGAAGGUUCUUGAUCAAGUGUUCUACCAGCGAGUAUCCAGAGAAGGAAUUCUGUCACCUUCAGAACUACGGAAAAUUUUUUCAAACUUGGAAGAUAUUCUUCAACUUCACAUUGGAUUGAAUGAGCAAAUGAAGGCUGUUCGCAAGAGGAAUGAGACCUCAGUUAUUGAUCAGAUUGGGGAAGAUUUACUGACCUGGUUCAGCGGACCAGGGGAGGAGAAGUUGAAACACGCUGCUGCCACCUUUUGCAGUAACCAACCUUUUGCCCUGGAAAUGAUCAAGUCUCGUCAGAAAAAGGAUUCCCGAUUUCAGACUUUUGUGCAAGAUGCCGAGAGCAAUCCGCUGUGUCGUCGUCUGCAGCUGAAGGAUAUCAUUCCUACCCAAAUGCAGAGGCUUACUAAGUACCCUCUUCUGUUAGAUAAUAUUGCCAAAUACACAGAAUGGCCAAUGGAAAGGGAGAAGGUGAAGAAAGCUGCAGAUCACUGUCGUCAGAUCUUAAACUAUGUAAAUCAGGCUGUCAAGGAGGCAGAAAAUAAGCAGCGCUUAGAAGACUAUCAGCGUCGCCUCGAUACCUCCAAUCUGAAGUUGUCAGAGUACCCAAAUGUGGAAGAGCUCAGGAAUUUGGAUUUAACAAAAAGGAAGAUGAUUCAUGAAGGGCCACUGGUCUGGAAGGUGAAUCGGGAUAAAACUAUUGAUCUGUACACGUUGCUGCUGGAAGACAUUCUUGUAUUGUUACAAAAACAGGAUGACAGACUGGUGUUACGAUGUCAUAGUAAGAUUCUGGCAUCUACGGCUGAUAGCAAACACACGUUUAGCCCUGUCAUUAAGUUGAAUACAGUGUUGGUUCGACAAGUGGCAACAGAUAACAAAGCUUUGUUUGUCAUCUCCAUGUCGGACAACGGGGCCCAAAUUUACGAACUGGUGGCACAGACAGUUUCUGAAAAGACUGUCUGGCAGGACCUUAUCUGCCGGAUGGCCGCAUCAGUGAAGGAACAGUCGGCGAAGCCAAUCCCACUGCCCCAGUCACCACCUUGCGAAGGAGACAACGAUGAAGAAGAACCUCCAAAAUUAAAAGUGGAGCAUCAUAGCAUUUCAGUCCCUGGUCUGCAGAGUCCAGACAGAGAUUUGGGAUUAGAGUCUCCCCUAAUAUCGUCAAAACCUCAGUCUCAUUCACUGGGUGCCUCUGGGAAGUCCGAGGUAGAUGAUCUGUUUGUGGCUGAGAGACAGUUUGCUAAGGAGCGGCAUGCAGAUGGGACUCUGCAGGAAGCUGGAGCAAGUUACCAAAUCCCAAUCCCAGACCCGCACUUGCCUGCCUCAGAAGAACGGUGGGCCUUGGACGCACUAAGGAAUUUGGGCUUGUUGAAGCAGUUGCUUGUACAACAACUGGGUUUGGCUGAGAAGAGCACUCAGGAAGACUGGUCACGUUUCCCGAGAUACGGAACAGCGUCUUCCGGGGUGCAGACAGACAGUGUAACCCAGAACUCUGAAAAUAGUAAGGCCUGUCCUCCUGGUGAAGGACAGGUGUCCUUUAGAACUGAAAGUGGUGACAUUUCCACUUGUUACAGUCCACGGACUUCAACUGAAUCUUCUGCUCCACGAGAUUCAGUGGUACUGGCAUUCCAAGAUAGCCAGGCAAGUAACAUUUUAGUAAUGGACCACAUGAUUAUGACCCCAGAGAUGCCUCCUGCAGAGCCAGAAGGGAGUCUUGAUGAGAGUGGAGAGCACUUUUUUGAUGCCCGGGAAGCACAUAGUGAUGAUAAUCCAUCAGAAGGUGAUGGAGUGGUUAAGAAGGAAGAGGAUGUUAAUUUGCGCAUCUCAGGAAACUAUUUGAUCCUUGACGGCUACGAUGCGGUGCAGGAGAGCUCCACGGAUGAGGAGGUUGCUUCCUCACUCCCCCCACCGCCCACGACAGGCGCCCCCCCCAUGGACUCUGCCGGCCAGCAGCAGCAUUCUCCCCAGAACGCCCAUUCCGAUGGGGCGCUCUCACCGUUCACCCCGGAAUUCCUGGUCCAGCAGCGCUGGGGAGCUAUGGAGGAUUCCUGUUUUGAGAUCCAGAGUCCCCCCUCUUGUGCAGACUCACAAAGCCAGAUCAUGGAGUACAUUCGUAAGAUCGAGGCUGACCUUGAACACUUAAAGAAGGUGGAGGAAAGUUACAACAUUCUUUGCCAAAGGCUGGCUGGAUCAGCCCUCACAGACAAGCACUCAGCCCCCCUGGUUACCAUUCGCUCUUCUGCCUCCGCACAGAACCUCCUGCUUCCAUCCGCGCCGCAGGGGCCUGAUCUCCGGCCCCCUGGCAACUCGGCCCCCGUCUGCUACGCCGCCGCCCCUCCCCGUCCAUGCCGCCGCGCGGCGUCCCCGCGCCUCGAGUCCCAGGCCCCCGCCUGCUGGCCCGGUCCCCCCCCCCCCCCGGGCGGCGACGGCGUGCCGUUCGCGUACCGCCCGCUCUCCUCGCGCCUCGGCUUCGGGGGCGCGCUCCGGGCAGCUCAGGUGAGGCCGCCAGGGGCGUGCGGACCGGCCAGCCGGCUGAGGGCGCCCCUGAAGGAUAUGCGCGCGGGCUGCCGAAGUUCCGGCGUUGGUCGCCGGGCGGCGCCCGCGCCCGGCUGCGUUCCCGCGCUGCCUGCCCCUGCCUCGCUGCUCGCGGUCGGACAGAUCACUUCAGCUGCCGAAGGCGGAUCUGUUAGCUGCUGCGGCUGCUGCGGAAGCCAGGAAAACUGGAGGGCACCGGAGGGCUCCCGGCCCCAGUUCAUCCUCUGA